GUGGGAAGCGCCGCGAAGCCUCUAUGGCAGACUUUCAGGAACUGAGGAAGCGUCAGAAACGACCCACCGAGAAGUAUUAACUUCUCUCUUUUCUCGCGUUUCCCAACUCUGAUUCACACUACUCGCACUCGAAUCCUUUGUCGAUUUAUCGCCUCGUUCAGCUUGUUUAACUCAGGAAACCGUGUGUUUUCUGGGGCUGUUGCGAUGGCCGGUGGCGGCGGUGUGUCGCCGCUGGGGCUAGCGCCUCCGUUGUGGUAUCACCGGGACCUGAGUCGAGCUGCUGCCGAGGAGCUGCUGGCCCGCGCGGGACGAGACGGGAGUUUCCUGGUUCGGGACAGCGAAAGUGUUAACGGGGCGUACGCCUUGUGUGUGCUGUUUCAGAAGCAUGUCCACACCUAUAGGGUCCUACCAGAUGAAGAGGGAUUCUUGGCAGUCCAGACGUCUCAGGGGGUGCAGCCGAAGCGGUUUAAGAGCCUCCCAGAGCUGGUCCUGUUGUACCUCCAGCCCAGCCAGGGACUGGUCAGCACUCUACUGUACCCUGUAGACAGAGAGGAGAGCAUCCCAGAGGACAGGGACUACUCAGAUGGGGAAGAUGAGAAGCCGCCCCUUCCUCCUCGUUCCGCCUCCACCUCCACAACACCUACAGGCUCCGCCCCGGAGACACCAACCGACAGCGCCCCUGCUGCUAACGGCCUGAGCACCAUUUCCCAUGAGUAUCUGAAGGGAAGCUACGCUCUGGACCUGCAGGCUGUCAAACAGGGAGCCAGCUCUCUGCCCCACCUCAACAAGACACUGGUGUCCUCCUGCAAACGCCUCAAUGGGGAGGUGGAUAAGGUUCUGUCUGGGCUGGAGAUCCUGUCCAAGGUGUUUGACCAACAGAGUGCCUUCAUGGUGUCCAAGAUGAUACAGCAGUCGGUGAAUCAGGGUGGAGAUCAGGAGUUGGAGAAUCUGGUCACUAAACUGGCUAUCCUCAAAGAUCUACUGUCUUCUAUAGAGAAGAAGGCUCUGAAGGCUGUGCAGGAUUUGAGUGUGUCCACUCUCUCCUCUCUUCCUCCUCUCACACGCCACAGCAAAACCAUCCCCGUACAGGCCUUUGAGGUGAAGUUGGAUGUGUACCUGGCAGACCUGACUAAAAUAGGGAAGAGUCAGAAGCACAGUCUGUCUGUGGACGUGGAGGGAGGGAUGCUUGUGGUGAUGAAGAAGAUGAAGGACAACCAGGAGGACUGGAACACCUUCACACACCACAAGAUCCGUCAGCUGAUCAAGUCUCAACGUGUUCAGAACAAGCUGGGCAUCGUGUUUGAGAAGGACAAGGAGAAGAGCCAGAGGAAAGACUUCAUCUUCGCCAGCGCUAAGAAGCGGGAGGCAUUUUGCCAGCUGCUGCAGCUGAUGAAGAACAAACAUUCCAACCAGGACGAACCAGACAUGAUCUCCAUCUUUAUAGGGACCUGGAACAUGGGUUCUGUGCCCUCCCCCAAGGCGGUGGGUUCCUGGCUGUUGUGUCGUGGGCUGGGGAAGACGCUGGAUGAGAUGACCGUAACCAUUCCUCAUGACCUCUACGUGUUCGGAACGCAGGAGAACUCUGUGUGUGACCGUGAGUGGGUCGACUCACUCCGCACCGCACUCAAAGAACACACAGAGCUGGAUUACAAACCGAUCGCGGUCCAGACUCUGUGGAACAUUAAGAUAGCGGUGCUGGUGAAACCAGAACAUGAAAACCGCAUCAGUCAUGUGGGUGUGUCCAGUGUUAAAACGGGUAUUGCUAAUACGCUGGGUAACAAAGGGGCAGUGGGCGUGUCUUUCAUGUUUAAUGGAACUUCCUUCGGCUUUGUGAACUGUCACCUGACAUCAGGCAACGAAAAGAUUGGCAGGAGGAACCAGAACUACCUGGAUAUCCUGCGGCUGCUCUCUCUAGGAGAUAAACAGCUGAGCUCCUUUGACAUCUCUCUACGCUUCACACACCUCUUCUGGCUGGGAGACCUCAACUACAGGCUGGACAUGGACAUACAGGAGAUCCUGAACUACAUCAACAGGAAAGAGUUUGAUCCUCUGCUGAAGGUGGACCAGCUCAACCUGGAGAGAGAGAAGAACAAGGUGUUCCUACGCUUUGCGGAAGAGGAGAUAUCCUACCCACCCACCUACCGGUAUGAACGCGGGUCUAGAGAUACAUACGUGUGGCAGAAACAGAAGGCCACAGGGAUGAGGACUAACGUCCCCUCUUGGUGUGACAGGAUCCUAUGGAAGUCUUACCCUGAGACUCACAUUGUCUGUAACUCCUAUGGCUGUACAGAUGACGUGGUGACCAGUGACCACUCCCCAGUGUUUGGUACGUUUGAGGUGGGGGUCACGUCACAGUUCGUCUCCAAGAAAGGUCUGCCUAAGUCCUCUGAACAGGCCUAUAUAGAGUUUGAGAAUAUUGAGGCCAUAGUGAAGACAGCCAGCAGAACCAAGUUCUUUAUCGAGUUCUACUCUACCUGCCUGGAGGAGUUUAAGAAGAGUUAUGAGAAUGACAGUCAAAGCAGUGACAACGUCAACUUCCUGCGUGUGGGCUGGUCCAAUAAGCAGCUGACCACCCUGAAGCCCCUCCUCUCUGAGAUAGAAUAUCUCCAGGACCAACACCUGCUGCUCACCGUCAAAUCACUGGAUGGAUACGAGUCUUAUGGAGAGUGUGUGGUGGCUCUGAAGUCCAUGAUAGGCAGCACGGCACAGCAGUUCCAUACCUACCUGUCCCACAGAGGGGAGGAGACGGGCAACAUCAGAGGUUCUAUGAGGGUCCGCGUGCCAGCAGAGAGGAUGGGUACCAGGGAGAGGCUCUAUGAGUGGAUCAGUGUGGAUAAAGAUGAGACAGGAGGACACAAAGGCAGAUCCACCCUGCCCCCCCGAACAGGACACGACUACGUCAAGCCGUCUUCGACACACAAACACGUGGGGGCGGUGCUUGGGAAGGUGAGCGAGGAGGGAGAGAGGAGUACCAAAGAGGAGGUGACUGCAGCAAGGGCUAAGCAGGACUCUGCAGAGGGAGACCCCUCCACCGGUAAAAACAACAGCUACAAUAAUCCCGCCUACUACAUCCUGGAAGGCGUUCCUAACCAAUCAGCUGCCACCCUGUCCUCGGAGCUCCUCCCCUCCCCCUGCUCCCCCCCAGCCGGUAAGGCACUCCUGUCUGGAGGGGGCAAGGGGAGGCCCUCCUCAGGGCCCUCCCACCCCCGCAGGCACACGGCUGGACACCCUGUCCGGCCCAUCAGUGAGGAGGGGUCCUCGGAGGAUGAUGGGAUUGCAGUGGUGGGGGUGGUGUCAGGUGGAGGAGCGGGAGGCACACUGAACCGUCCUCCUCCUGACUUCCCCCCUCCCCCCCUCCCUAAAGGAGCACUGGAGAUGGCCGACACCCCCUUCUCUAAACCCCGCCCCCUGUACCCCGACCUGGCCGAGGUGAAGAUCCCCGCCGCCAAUUCCAGUCCUGCCUUCAUCCUGGGGGAGGACUUUAGGAGGGGAGGGCCCGGGGGGCUGGACGACCAAUCAUGUUCGGUGCUUCAGAUGGCGAAGACACUGAGUGAGAGCGAGUACCCACCUCCUCCCCAUGCCCCCUCUGCACCCCCCCACCUCAGAGGCCAGGGGUUGGGGGACGCCUGUCGCACCUUCCCUCCCCGAGCCCCCAUCACAGAGAGCAUCGCUGAAGACCUACCAGAAGAAGCACUGUGGGGAAGCAGUAGCUCGUCUCUCUCCGUGGGGGAGUCGUCUGUGGGGGAGUGGCUACAGAGAUUAGGGCUGGACCGCUAUGAGGAAGGUCUGCUACACAACGGCUGGGACGACCUGGAGUUCCUCAGUGACAUCACAGAGGAGGACCUAGAGGAAGCAGGCAUUCUAGACCCCGCCCACAAGAGGAUUCUGCUGGAGAGCCUGAGACAGCAGAAGCAGCAGAAGUGAGCUGAACCGGUCCAUGCUGAGCUGAGACGUGCUAAUCCAUGCCAGACUGUGCCUUCUGAGAGAAAUUGCACUCUAUUAUACUUUCUGUUGACCAACAGAUUUUUCGAACGUCCUUUUUUAGAUGUAUUGUACUGUGUACUUAUGUUAAUGUAACUGUGGCUGUUGUGUUAGCCAGCCUUAUUUAAACAGUAGAAACAUUUCAGUCCUUUGUUAAGAAUCAAAACAUGCCACCUGCAUAACAGACCCCUUCCCUCUCAUCCCGCCCCCUUCCCUUUCACCCCGCCCCCUUCCCUUUCACCCCGCCCCCUUUCCUCUCACCCCGCCCCUUUCCUCUCACCCCGCCCCCUUCCCUCAUCCUGAGAAACCAUUUUGCUCCUGGGAUGUAGUAGACAUUCAGUGACAUCAUCAGGCUGCGACUUCUUCGGGCUUGCCUCAGCUAGAAAAACAGCUUGGUAGAACUGAGUUUGUUAUUGUUUUUAUUCCGCUCAUGAAUAUGAUUAUUAAUGACUUGGUUGUGUUUUUUUGUGUUUUAUGUUUUUGAGAUAAAGGGAAUGUAGCGAACCACACCAGCACUGUUUGACUGAAUCUUUUGUUGAGCCGUGCUGGGCUCCAAGGCCCCUUUCAGUAGCACAAACUGCAGACCCGUCAUGCAGUUGUCCAUGUACUAAUUAGUGUUUAAUUGAUGCUGAGCCAGCCUAAACACAGUGGGUCCCCAGGAUCCUUACUGAGAAACACUGCCACACAUCACACGCUGCUGGUUGUUCUUUUCACCACAUGGUGGUACUGUUGUCCUGGCAACCUCAGUAGGACCACAGGUAAGAAACUGAAGAGACACCAAGUGAUAUUAAGGACUGUUUUUAACAUUAUACAUUAACAUUCAUGAAUUUGUUUUAUAUAAAUGUACAUGUUGAUGUUAUUUGACUGUUGUAAAAAAAGAAAUGACUGUGUUGCACAAUGAGAGGAAACAGGAGAAAUGUGAGUGAAUGUCUUGUUAAUCUGUUAUCACCUUUAGCCCUAUAGCAUAGUGGCCCCUCCCAUCCCUUCUCCUAUACCCCCCCUCUCCCAUCCCUUCUCCUAUACCCCCCCUCUCCCAUCCCGUCUCCUAUACCCCCCCCUCCAUCCCGUCUCCUAUACCCCCCCUCUCCCAUCCCUUCUCCUAUACCCCCCUCUCCCAUCCCGUCUCCUAUACCCCCCUCUCCCAUCCCGUCUCCUAUACCCCCCUCCAUCCCGUCUCCUAUACCCCCCCUCUCCCAUCCCUUCUCCUAUACCCCCCUCUCCCAUCCCGUCUCCUAUACCCCCCUCUCCCAUCCCUUCUCCUAUACCCCCCCUCUCCCAUCCCUUCUCCUAUACCCCCCCUCUCCCAUCCCUUCUCCUAUACCCCCCCUCUCCCAUCCCUUCUCCUAUACCCCCCCUCUCCCAUCCCUUCUCCUAUACCCCCCCUCUCCCAUCCCUUCUCCUAUACCCCCCCUCUCCCAUCCCUUCUCCUAUACCCCCCCUCUCCCAUCCCUUCUCCUAUACCCCCCCUCUCCCAUCCCUUCUCCUAUACCCCCCCUCUCCCAUCCCUUCUCCCUUUCUCUUCUCCAAUGACCCCCAGUGCCUUCUCCCUUUCUCUUCUCCAAUGACCCCCAGUGCCUUCUCCCUUUCUCUUCUCCAAUGACCCCCAGUGCCUUCUCCCUUUCUCUUCUACAAUGACCCCCAGUGCCUUCUCCCUUUCUCUUCUCCAAUGACCCCCAGUGCCUUCUCCCUUUCUCUUCUCCAAUGACCCCCAGUGCCUUCUCCAAUGACCCCCAGUGCCUUCUCCAAUGACCCCCAGUGCCUUCUCCAAUGACCCCCAGUGCCUUCUCCAAUGACCCCUAGUGCCUUCUCCAAUGACCCCCAGUGCCUUCUCCCUUUCUCUUCUCCAAUGACCCCCAGUGCCUUCUAUACCCCCAGUGACUUUGAUGCCAAGUUCAAUUCUUUCCUUAUGAGAGUGUUGAUUCGUCCACUCCUCCCUAGUCAAGUUCUACACAGCCCUGCCAACUCCACCUUGCCAUAACACUGUUCUCCUGUUAUUCUCUGUAGGUUAUUUCCUGUAAAGAUUGUCUGUUUCCAGUCUGGUCUUUCUCUGGUUGUAACAAUGUAACCAUUGAUCUCUUGUUAUCGUUGUUUUUUCAGCAAAUAAAAAGCUAAUAUUUAAUCCAUCAA